AUGGAUGAACAAGCAUCAAGACAACUUAUGAAUCAAAUUAGAAUGGUAGAACCUGAUCUUGGAAUUAUCAAUAUGCCACAAAUUACAUCAUAUAUUACUCAACCACCUACUCCUUAUCAGAUUCAUCAAGAAAAAGGACAAACAGAAAUAGAUCAGCAACAAUUACAAAGAACAUUAGAAUUUGAAAAAGUACCAGAACCAUUCAUAGAGAAAAAAGAAAGAAAAAAAAGAAAAGGAGAUCAUAAAUCAGAUCGUCGUGAAGAAAUAUUAAAAGAGAUUGCACAAGAAAUUUAUAUUAGAUGGAAAGUAAGAAAAUUAUUAAGAGAACAAUCAUAUGAUGUUGAAAGGGCAGAAAAAAAAGCAGAACGAAGAUGGAGAAAAGAAACAGCAGAUGUUACUCGAUUAUUUUAUAAAGCUGCAAUUAUGGAAAAUACUAUGCUUGGAGAUGAAGAAUCAUUAGGAAGAAAAAAAAAGAAAGAAGCUAAAAUUAAAGAAGAUUGUCAUCCAUAUCUUUUAUUCUGUAAAGAACAUAGAGAACAAUUAGGAACAAAAUAUAAUGGAAAAGAAGUAUUAACUAUUUUAUCUGAAAUGUGGAAAAAAUUAGAUCCAGUAGAAAAAGAUAAAUAUAAUUUAUUAGCGAAAAAGAAUAAAAUGAUUCAAACAACACAACAAGAAUCUCAAGUUCAACCACCUCAAUUAUUAUUUACACCUAAUUUAAUGGAAAUAAAAACAAAUGAAAUAAUGCCAUAUCAAUAA